CGCACUGUCACAUUGGUCCAGAACUCUUUGAAAUGCGAAGUUUUUCGAUCGGAUAAAUUUGGAAUAGAAAAGCAUCCGUUGGGGGAUACGAGCCUGGAAGUCUGAAACUGCCACCGAUCGCUGGAUCCUACGGCUAAUUGGAUUUGGACGCCGCGUCGCAUCAUCAUCAUCUUUCACGUGCCCGAGUCCAACAGCCAGCUUAAUUGGCUUAGGCGGCGGUUGUCGAUGUUGGCCACUGACGUGUGAAAUGGGUGUGGGCUACUACACCGAAGGGAACACGAUUAAGAGCAGCAGCUCAGCACGUUAGUCAGUUUGAGGAAGCUUCACCGAGACAGGAAGUCCUUCGAAAAGCAGUCGGCCAUGGGUGAAGUAGCUGCCACAGUGGAGCCUCUGGCCGCGGUCAAGUCGAAAUCCAUGCGAUCCCGGAAGAGACGACAGCGUCGUAGGCGACAAAUAGCCUACCUGGCCAUAUGUGGAUUAAGUGUAGCCAUAUUCGGCUUCGCUUUGGCCACGCUGAUCCGGCCCACAACCGCCCAGGCUGAUGCAGAUCCCGGGAGCUGGCGCAAGGGAUAUGUGGGCCAUGGCACCACGCACGAACAGCUUGGCCAGCCCCAUUGGCCACCAGUCCAGUACACUGUAUACCGGCCGACAACCAACUACACAAAGGCACCACCACCUCCCACGUCCGCCAUGAACCCCAUUUUCAAUUUUACACACUUUCUAUAUGACAAGGUUCUUUAUAGGGAUGAACCCAUUCCGGAGGGUUACAUUGUCGUAAAGAAUUCGGACACUUUGAGCUUGGGUCCCAAAGUGGAGGAGAAUGACUGGCGGGAUCUAUUGGCUCAUUAUUGGAUGGUUCUCAUCUGGGUUGUUAUUCUCGUGGUGCUCAUUAUAGUCAUACCGUUCAUUGCCGUUUGCUAUUGCUGUUUCUGUUGCUGCCGACGAUGUCGACAGGGAUGUCCUCCGUGUACCAGUAAACAGGAUGCUCAGCGGCGCUUCUGUUGUGGCAUCUGUCUGUUGAUCCUCAUCAUCGGACUGAUUUUUGGCAUCAUUAUCGCCUUUGUUACCAACAAAAUGAUUGACAGCGGCUUUGCCGAGACUUCCGAGACAAUGAAGCGCGGCAGCGAGGACACUUGCACUUAUCUGAAGGAUGUAGCCGAUCACGUUCACCAUCUGAUGAUGUACAACUACGAGGAGAUGGAGACUCAUGUGCUUGAUCAAUUAACCCACGCUCACCGGCACAUAUUUUUGGAUCUCUCCGACACAUCGGAGAGUAAUUCCUUGGCAGAAAUGGAGCGAGUUUUGGAGAACAUGCCCGAGGCUCUGGAGCUGAUGAGGCAAGUGGAGAAGAUGGAGAAAGAUCUGCGCUUCUAUGGCUCCCAAUUAAGAGAUGGCGUCCGUGGCAUUAAACGAGAUGUCAACUUUGCAGUGGCCAAUCUCUGUCAACUGCAGAUGUGCCAGAAGUUCCUGAUUAGCAGCAAUAUCGAACACAUUGAUUCCUCGCAAUGCCUGCACUUCGACAACCUCCCGAACACCAAAGAAUUUGUAGAGGGAAUGGAGAAUAUAGUUGCAAGUGAGUAUUACGCUAUACCUCAACGGGGACUCUCGCGUCUAAAGAAGGUUAGCGACAAGGUGAAGACGCAACUCUCCUUCGUGGUACCACCCAUGAUGCGGGACUUAACGAAGGGCAGGACAAUCUUCCGAGAACAUGCGACGAAUGUGCGCAACAUUGUGGAGGGAGUACUAAGUGAUAUCCAUAUAAAAACUCUGCACUCGACUAAGUCAUUCGAGGACGUCUACGAGCGGUUUGGCCAUGAUAGAAACGUUGUCAGCCUGAUUGUGUGCUUGCUUAUUCUUCUGGUACUUUUUAUUUUGAUCUUUGCUCUACUGUGCGGUUGCUUUGGGCGCCGACGAACUGGAUAUGGUGAUGAAUGCUGCAGCAAGUCCACCGGAGCCACCUGCCUGCUUCUAGCCAUACUGCUGAUAUUCUGUGUUUUCUCCUUCAUCGCACUGGUUGGACUUUUCUACUUUAUGCUGGGUAUGGUAACCUACCAGGGUGCCUGUGCACCACUGAGAGAUCAGGAGAACAACACAUUGUUCCGGCAACUGGACGCGUCUAUAGAUCUGAAUCACUAUUUGCCGCCAUCUGAAAGUAACAAGGAAGUGGUGCAACCACUAAAAAUGUCGAGUGCAAUCAAGGCUUGCCACGCCAAUCAGACCAUUUUCGAUAUGAUGCGUCAGCAUAACAUAUAUGACAUCAACGAUCUGACGCGCAUAAAAGUGAUGUCACACUCACAGGAAAAUACAGAUUCGAUUAAGGUCUUCGACGAGGACCUGUCCACCGUGGUACUCCUGACGAAGGAAGAACGUGACGAGUUAAAGACAGCGGGCGAGAGCAAGCUUGCGAAGUACCAUAGCUCCCUGUACAUGCCAAGUCUGUGCACCCAGUUUACGCCCAUGAACCUGAACGCCCUGUCCGAGCAGCUGUAUAAGCUAUCCAACGAUCUGGAGUAUCCGGCAUACGGCUGGGCCAAGGUGUCAUUCUGGAAUGAGGGCCUCAACACCAAGGCCUUCUAUCGCAAUUUUGUACCGAAGCUUACGAGCCUCGUAGAGAAGAUGAAGGCCAAUCUAAAGAAGAUCGACGAGUUAAUUUCGUACGAGAACCACGACUUUACCAAUACAAUCAAAAUUCUCACUGCCACGGCCAUCAACUCCGAACAGUUCAUCCAAACACGCGGCAAGGACUAUAUCAACGCCCUAGGAGGCAAUCUGACGAAUUCCAUUGACCAGAUGAUCGACGACUACAUAGAUAUGAUUAUAAAGGAGGCCAACGAAAGUGUGGGUCAUUGUGCACCCCUGUCGUACAUAUAUUAUCGUGGAGUCGAUUUGAUUUGCCACCGUAUCGUGGAUCCCAUCAAUGGAUUCUGGGUAGGCAUACUGCUGUGCGCCCUGCUCUUCCUGCCCAUCCUGUUCGUGGCCCACCGCCUGAUGUGCCUCUACAAGAAAAUCUAUCCUUACCUGGCUACCGUAGGAGCCGCUGGAGUGGUCGAGGGCGGCGUUCCCAAGAAGCGUCGCAAGGCCUACGAGCGGCGACGGGAGCAGCAGGAUUACUUCGAGGACGCCUCGCCCAGCGUUUCGCGUGGCAAUCGCUCUGGCGGAGAUCGUGGUGGCGGCGGAGGUGAUGGAGCUCCUGGCAGCAGCAGCAUGCGUUACAACGACAUGGCGCCAACGCAUUGGGACCACGAGCCACCACGAUACCACAAUCCCCCAGCUGCGCCGCCAUCAUCGGAGUACGAGCGUCCGCCGCCCUACUACUAUCCGGGUGCCUCCGAGCAGGAUUAGACGGACGGAGGCGGUUUGUUUGAGAGGUGGCAACAUGGAUGAUUUUAUUUUGAACCCACACGCCCACGGCCCCCUUUUUCCAUAUAUGUACCCCCUACUGAGACUGUACUUUUAGUUAAAGGCCUAUACAAAAAAAUAACUGAAAUUAUAUAAUUUAAUUAAGUAGUAUCGUAGCAUCACGUGUGUUAUCACUUUGGCCCGGCCAGGAGAUCUGCCAUUGACCUGGAAGCUGGAGAAUAACGAACGCAUAGUUAAUAUUAAGUGCGGGCCGAAGCAAGAAAGCAAAUACGAAAAUUCUCAAACACCCAUUUAUAGUUACUUUAAAAAAUGUUGCCAAAAGACGAGCACGAUGUCACGGACGAAUCCGGCGGGAAUUGUCCCAGCCGAAGCAUUUAAUGAACCCUGGAGUACGGAGACUCUGGGCUAGAAGGGCCGAGCGGCAGGCGUCGGAUCUGAUGAGUCCCUUGAAGAAGUUGGCCAUUCGCCGGGUCGCACGGCCGCAGAAGCUUUAAGGAAUCUCAUAAUUUUAUUAUGCACACACUCAGAGCAGGCGAGACAUACCCAAAAAGGAAAACAAAACAUAAUGAAAUGAAAAGAAAUCAAUAUCUAGCAAGCAACUAUAUAAAUAUUAACCGAUCAAAAACUUUAUGGAAUGUGUAAACUUCCCGGAAAUCAAAAUCGCGGUAAAGAAAAUAUGAUCCAAAAUACCAAAACUGCCAUUUUAAUUUAGAAAAGAGCAGAGCACAGAGUUGGGAGUUAUUCAAUGCAUUUAAUGUAUUUAUUUUAGAAACAAUACACCAUACUACACUCUUCCUUAAAACCGACAAAUUGUGCAUUCGGACACUGAUAAACCAAUCAAAUAAAACCCCCUAAUCAGCUACACGUUCGAGAUACAAAUACUUUAAAGUAACACGUAUUUUAACACGUUGUCAUAGUUUAGUAAGAGAAAACCAAAACAACAGCAAAACAAACCCCCUAAGCAUUUAAACGUUUCCAAUUGUAUUGUCUAGGAACUAAGAGCUCAAGCUGUAUGUUUCCAGAAACCUAUAAACAACACCAUACACAAAUAUACAGACUUGCGAGCAUAUUGUACGGAUAACACAAUUACAUAAUUUUUAGUAUUAUUAUACAAGUAAGAUGUAUGUUGUAUUUUACAUUUGACGUACAUUAAAUGAUUUCCGCUUAAGUCAAGUAACCAUGUAUCAAUAUUGCCCAGCGCAAGUAAAGAUUAUCGUAUAAGAUCCCGGAAAAUACAAAACACAAGAAACCCAGUUGCCAGUCAAUCAUCGAGCUCCGUUGAUGGUUGUCUCUGUCGUUUGCAAAAUUUUGUCAAUAAACUUCAAGUGGUUUUAUGUACGAAUAAGCGAGUAGCAAAAUUAAAUGUUCUUGGUCGGAUCAACAGUUUCACCUUGUUCAUACCAAAGUAAUCUUGAAUUUCAUAAUCAAUCCUAUUUAUAAAUAAUAUAUUUG